UGAUAUAUUUUAAUAUAAAGUGCAAUAUUGGCGAUACGCAAUCGUCGCAAUCGCGUUUUGGGUCUAAUCGUCACGGCCGUACGUUGUGACGAGUGACGACUAAGGUUUUGUAGUGAUUUUAAAAGACGUGCACUCGCCAGUUAUCCAGUUAUAAGGCAUCUGCCGAACAUCAAGUGUGAAGUGAGUAGCGACCAGUUAUAGUGACUGGCAGACGUCGUUUUGUCAUAGCGUUUGCACAAUACGGAAAAGCAGCGUUUUCGUGUUGCUUUGAGCGUGACACCCGUGUAAAACACUACUUUACGCGUCCGGACUUGUCAAUUACGAACUCGUCGAGUGAUCACUAGCACUCCCAAUAUUUUCUUAUUGUCACCGAUUCAGUGCGCGAACAGAGAGAGAUCAGCUCUCAGAUCGCCGACCUCUGAUUCCCCGUGGACCUCGUCCGUCGAACCGAUCUCGUGGGCAACGACGACGUUACGAUUGUUUACGAAAUUCGUUCGUGUGACAAUGGCAUUUCAAUGAAUACAAUGUCGGAAUCCGGUUCGCGUUCAUCUUAUUCUCCUCCUGGAGAUCACACCUCCAACCCCUGUGCAAUCACUACCAAUGUCAGACAACCGUCAGAUGGAAAGAAAACUGAACGUACCCUUGCCGAAGUCUCUACUGCAGGCCAACAGUAAGACGGACGCCAAGAAGUCGACAGAUUCAUUAAAUUCAAAGCACUCAAAUCGUCGAAAUGGAAAAGCUGUUAAUAUUCAACCUCAAAAAUUUGAAGCUAACCGAAAUAUCAGCUUUAAAAAGAACUCAAACAACAAUAAACAGCCGCAACCUCGAGCUAGUCUCUUUUGUAGAAAGAAGAGUUCCGAGGUAACUGAAUCGUUAAAUGAUGUUGAUGAUGAUGAUAUAUUGCCUGUAUUAAGGCAUAUGGAUCAAAAUAACAAAUGGAAUAUGCGUAAUGGCUACGGAUCUAGAAAAAAAGAAUUUCCACAAAAAUUCAAUGUCAAACAUUUUUUGAUAGCAAAUUGUCAAUUUGUAGUCAAGUUUGGAAAAGAUUAUUCUCAGUGGAUGUUUGAUCAGGAUGAAAUUGUUGAUUGGGAUUGUAUUGAACAAAUUAAAAUGUUUUCUACUCAAUUUAUUAAGUGUCCUAUAUGUAUGGAUAUACCAAUAACACCAAAAAUGACUCGUUGUGGUCAUAUAUAUUGUUGGCCUUGCAUUUUGCAUUAUUUAGAUAUAAAUGAAGAACUUGAUACGGCUGGCUGUCCUAUAUGUCAUUCUAGAAUAUUAAAAAAAGAAUUAAAAAGCGUUGAAAUAAUUAUUAAAGAAGAAUGCUGUGUUGGUCAAUCAAUAACUUUACAACUAAUGAAGCGUGCUAGAAAUUCUUUGCAAGCAUACCCAAUGUCUGAACUCUGUAAAAAUAUGUUUAAACCAUCUGAUGAUACUCCUUUAUCAGCUUGUGAAUCUAAUUACUCUACAGCAUAUUCCAGACUUUUAAUUGGUUAUAAAAGCCAAAUUUUAAACAUUAUAAACCAAGAAAGGGAAGCUCUUGUCUUACUUUUAGACUACUGGGAAACUGAAGAUACAGAAAAAAAAUAUAUUUUUGAAGCUCUUGAACUGUUAUCAAAAAGAGAAGACAUUUUAAUGAAUCAGGAACCAAAUUUGGAAAUAAAAGGAACAAACUGUGAAUCUAUGAAUUCUGCAAUACAUGCAAAUCUAGGAUCACCAUCAUCGGCGUCACCACAAUCACAACCAAAGAACUUUAUAGGAAUUCCUGGAUGUUCUCAUAAUGUUACUAAUGUUUUAGAUGAAAAUCCAAAUUCGCAUAUAAAAGAAAUGAAGACAAAUUUACAUAAUUUUAACAUUGCUGAUAAAGAGGUUUUACAGAAUAAACCUGCCAAAAAAGAUUUUUUUUUUUAUCAAGCUUUGGAUGGUCAGCAUAUAUAUUUAUCAGCAGUUAAUGUAGAAAUGUUAGAAUGUAUGUUUGGCAGUCUAGAAAAUAGUCCACAGCAGAUAGAUGCUAUUGUAAUUGAAAAACAGUCCUUAUCGAUGACUGAAGCAUCAAGAAAACGCUAUAGAUUCCUGUUACAUUUGCCCAUAACUACUGUUUUUGAAUGGGUUGAAUUAGAUUUGACUAAUAUUGUCAGUCAAGAAACCUUAUUUAUAUUUAAAAGUAACUUGGAUGAAAAAAAAGCUAUUAGAGAUAGGCGUGCACGUGAUGAGCAACGGCUUGCUAAACGCAUUGAAGAAAGAAAUUCUAAAAAGGAAUUGCCACUUCCUGAAUGGCAUAAUAGAAGUUUAUUCCCAGAAUGUGGCUAUGAUCCAUUUGCUGACAAAAGCAUGAUUCCUUUGAGUGAAUCAAUUGGUAUAACUUCAACUUCAGAUCAUGCUAUAGUAAAUAUUUCUAAUGGUUCACCAAGUAAUUUAUCAUUUGCAAAGGCAUUGCAGAAUGAAGUUACUGCAAGUAACUCCUCUUCAUCAGAUCAUGUUUUACCUAAUGUAUCAUCUCAAUGGCCAAUAUUGGGUUCUAGACCAAAUUCUAUGUCGAUGAAUAAUAUUUUAGAAGAUGCUGUAGCCAACAUGAACUUACAUAGUAACAAUAAAUCAAAAAAUAAAAAGAAGAAACGCAGCAAAUAUGAACCAAUAUUUUAA